UUUUUUUUUUUUUUAUUUUUUUUUUUCAAAAAUAGUUUUUUAGACGAAAGGGGAGAGGUCCAGAAACUUAUUUUAUUUGUCAAACAAUAAAACUCCAAUAAUCAUCUCCAAAAAUGUCACCAGAACCAACGAGCGUUGCUGCUCUUUCACGUACAAAUAAAAGAACGAAUACAAGUUCAUCAUCUUAUUUAACUACUUCACUCAAUAAUAACUCAACUACGUCAGAAACGCGAGAAAAUCAAGAUUUUCGUCACAUUCAACGUCAACGGAGUUUAAAUGGAAAUCACAAUAUGAACAAUCUUCAAUCUCAACUUCAUCAUCCAACUUUAUCAUCUAAUCGUGAUAGACUUAGUGCGGAAAUGCAUAUAGAGCGUAGUUCACUUGACAAUAAUGAUCGAGGCUCAUUGGAUUUAUUAGUUGCUGCGGCUGCCUCUUUAAAUAUUUCGAAUAAUAAUAUAUCAGAAUCGGAAAAUUCAAGUACAGGGAAACGGUUAGAGCAGAAACGAAUAGAACACGAACGUCAACGCUACGAACAACGCCAGUUGUUUGAAACAAAAAUGAAAAUGCUCGAGCUCCAACAGCUUAAAGAAGAACAAGAUUUGCUAGAAAGUCAAUCGCAUAGUAGAUCAAAUACUUCAUCCCGAUCUGUUCCGAAUUCUCGUCGUAAUUCGAAUGAAUCACCAGAGGCUCCUUCGUAUCCUGGAGGAGAGAGAUUGAACAAGAAAGAUAAGGUUUCUGAGAAUGUUAAGAAAGAUUUCAUACACACGUCUGUUGAACUACAAGGUCCACCAUCACAACAUAGGAACGCGACAUUGACCAACGCAUCUAAUAAUGAUAACUCGGUAUUCCCUCAAUUUAACGGGAACUUUUUACUUGAUGAAGAAGGUACGAAUCCUUCUACGUCGUCGUCUUCAUACGUUUGUCGAUAUUUACAAAUGAAUACAGAUGAUGACUUGUUUCCAGUAUUGAUUCGUCGGGACAGUUACCCAGGAAUGUUGUCUGCAUGCUCCGCAGCCCUUGAUCUUGCACCAUUACCCCAGUCCACACCACGUCAUCGUUGUGUGGAUUCAUUCGCGUUCUGUCAAAAGCCAGGUGAAGGUGAUAAUUGUCAAUUACGUUCCAAUAGGGAUCAAUUAGGUCCUUUACUGUCAGAGACUCAAGUUUCAAACAAAAAAACAAUCUCAACUUCUACAGUUAACACAAACAUGUCUGCUAAUAAUGUAAAUAUUUCAAGUGGAAUGUCAUAUGCAAGUGAUAGAAAGAAAUUGGACAAUUUGAACAUAGAUAAUAACAAUAACAUAUUAAUUUCAAAAUCACAACGAGUACCAAAACUGUCAUCAUCAUAUUCAACUCCAAAUUUAGCUAGUGCAACUAGAUUACUUGGUUGUCGUUCGACAAAUUUUAAUGCAAGUGCUGCUAAUGAUGUACUUUUAGAAACGGACAAUCAAAUUAGUCAUCAAUCACCAAAUGUAACUACUGCUGGAGAUAUUACUGGUAACACAGUUUGUCGUUUCUAUCAACAAGGAUAUUGUCAACGCGGAGAGCGAUGUUCUUACUCGCACACACAUACGUUUAACGGAUCAGGACAAGCUAAUAUGAAUGUAACAGCUCAAAUGGUGGGAUAUCAAGGAGGUGUCGCUUAUUAUAGUCAAUACGGGAAUUUAUUGCCUUCAACAACCGGAUAUAAUUACAAUCAAAAUUUAGCAACCCUCAAUAGUAUGAGAUUGGUACAUCCGAAUAGCAUUUUAUCUCUUUCUAAAAUGAAUCAGAAAAGGAUGAGCGGUGAUCUUGAAGUGAACAGAUUUGCUGGUAUCAUGUUAGAAGACUUAGUAGGUGAGAUAUACUCUUUUUGUAAAGAUCAGCAUGGAUGUAGAUACCUUCAAAAGAAACUUGAAGAGAAAAAUGAACAAUAUAUCGGAAUGAUAUUCAAUGAAGUCUUUAGUCACUUUGUUGAACUCAUGACAGAUCCCUUUGGUAAUUAUCUUUGCCAAAAACUUCUCGAAUAUUGUAAUGAUGAUCAACGAACUAUAAUUAUAGAGACCGUAGCACCGGAGUUAGUAAACAUUUCAUUAAACAUGCACGGUACUCGUGCUGUUCAGAAAAUGAUAGAGUUCCUAUCAACACCCCAACAGUUCCAUUCAAAUGGUUACGUAAUUAAAAAACAGAUUCGUAUGGUGAUAGCAGCUCUUAACCCCAACGUUGUGACCUUAAUUAAAGACUUGAACGGAAAUCACGUUAUUCAAAAAUGUUUGAAUCGCUUGAGUUCUGAGGACAAUCAAUUCAUUUACAACAUCAUAAGCAAGAAUUGUAUUGAGGUAGCGACACACCGUCAUGGAUGCUGUGUACUACAACGUUGUAUUGAUCAUGCCUCGGAAACUCAAAAAAUUCAACUUGUUACAGAGAUUACAUAUAAUGCUCUUACCUUAGUGCAGGAUCCAUUCGGCAAUUACGUUGUUCAAUACGUUUUAGAUCUCGGCGAUAAUCGAUUCGCAGAUUCUCUUAUUCGAAAAUUCAUUGGUAACGUAUGUUCGUUAUCUGUGCAAAAGUUUAGUUCAAACGUAAUGGAAAAGUGUAUAAGGGUUGCGGAACCAGAGACACGAAAAUUUUUGAUUGACGAGAUGCUCAACCGGAAUCAACUGGACAAAUUGUUACGUGAUUCUUAUGCUAAUUAUGUAGUUCAGACAUCCUUAGAUUACGCUGAUCCGAUACAACGCGCUCAAUUAACUGAAUGUAUUCGACCUCUUUUACCUUUUAUUCGUAAUACACCGUAUGGCAAACGCAUCCAAGGGAAACUUCACCGCGAACAACAACAACAAAUGCAGGCGUUGAGUUCGCUUAAUAUGUUAGGAUUACCGUUUCAUGGUUUGAGUAAUCUUGGCAAUUUUACCGGAAAUUUUAGCAGCAACAUGAAUGGUAGUAUAAUUGGUAUGAACGAUUAUACAACACCAGGUUUCCGUUACAUUUAAUGACGAAAAAGAGAUUUUUUUCCCAAUUUUAUAUAUAUUUAUAUUAUAUAUAUUUACUUUAUUAUAUUAUUAUAUUUUGGAGGGAGAGUCAUUGACGUGUGGUUCUUUCACACUUUAUAUUCAUUCCCAUUUAUUAUGACUUGUAUUUUUUUUUUCAUUAGACUUGCGUGGCGGAUAUAACUUGUAUCAUAUAUAUACAACAAACGCCUCUCAUGUUUACACUUUUAUACAAAUGUAUUUGUGAUUCCUUUGUGAAAAAAUAGCUGUUUUGUAAUGAUAGUAGCUUACAUGUAUUAUUUGUCCUCACAAAGAUAUUAAUCUUUAAAACUUUAGCACAAUUUAUAAAUUACAAAAAAAAAUUCUCUUCUGUAAUUUUUCUUUUUUUUCUUUUUUUUUUUCAUUUU